CCUCAUAAGCUAAUGUCAACACGAUAACAAAUAUAUUUUAUAUAUUUUAUCUAAAUCUAUUAUUAGAAAAAUUACAGUAGUGCAAUGCGACAAUUUAAAGUAGCUUUGUUACAAUCGUUAGUGUGCAAAGACCGCAAUAGUAAUUUGGAAAACGCCUCCAAGCUAAUAAAGAAAGCGAAAGACGGUGGUGCGAAACUGGUAGCAUUACCAGAAUGUUUUAAUUCCCCCUAUGGUACAAAGUUUUUCAACGAGUAUGCCGAAAAUGUGCCCAAAGGACCCACCUCUGAUAUGCUUUCUAAAGCGGCUAAAGAAAACUCGAUUUACCUUGUCGGUGGCACCUUUCCAGAAGUGGAAGAUAACAAAUUCUAUAACACCUGCACCGUUUGGAAUCCAGAGGGUAAAUUAAUUGCUAAAUAUAGAAAAAUGCAUUUAUUUGAUAUUGACAUACCUGGAGGAAUCACUUUUAAGGAAUCAGAUGUUUUGGCUGCUGGCAAUGAGGCUGUAACAUUCGAUGUAGAUGGUGUGAAAGUGGGAUUGGGUAUCUGUUACGAUUUGCGAUUUGAAGAACUGGCCAAGGUGUACCGUAUGCAGGGUUGUGAGAUUUUGAUUUAUCCAGGUGCAUUUAAUAUGACCACUGGACCAAUGCAUUGGGAGAUAUUACAAAGAGGACGAGCAUUGGACAAUCAGCUUUAUGUGUUUGCAAUUAGCCCUGCUAGGGGUACACAGGGUUAUAUUGCUUGGGGUCACUCACAGGUAACUGAUCCUUGGGGUAAAGUUGUAAAACAAGCAGGUGCUGAGGAAGAAAUUGUGUUUGCUGAUAUCGAUUUGGAUGAGUGUGAUAAAAUUAGACAACAAAUACCCAUAUUCCAGCAAAGAAGAUCUGAUAUUUACGAUACUGUGAAAAAAUAAUUGUUAAUGUGUACAUGUUUCAUUGUAAAUAGUUGAUAAAGAAUAUUUUUGUAUAUUUAGCAUAAUUAUGUAAUCAUUAAAAAAAUGUUGUUAAUUGAAACAUACAUGGUGAUUAAUAAUAUAUCAU